CCUGCCUCCAGGCAUCCGACACCAGCCAGGGGCUCUCCUGCCUCGCCAUGCCGCCGUGGGGCGCCGCCCUCGCCCUGCUCCUGGCCGCGCUCGCCCUGCUGGGCCUGCUCGCAGAGAGGCUGCGGAGCUUCGGGAGGCGCGCCGUCGGAGCUAGGGCCCUGCCGGGGACCCGGGGCUGGGACACUGAGGAAGAGGCGGACGGCAGAGGCCCCGCGGACCAGUUCAGUGACGGGUGUGAGCCGCUGCCCGGCGGGUGCAGGCUACUCUGUAAGCCGUCGGCGCUUGCUCAGUGCCUGCUGCGCGCCUUGCGACGCUCGGCAGCGCUGGAGCCGGGCCCGCGCUCUUGGCUCUCCGGGCCCCACCUGCAGACCCUCUGUCACUUCGUGCUGCCGGUGGGACCGGGGCCUGAGCUGGCGCGGGAGUACCUGCAGUUGGCGGACGACGGGCUGGUGGCCCUGGACUGGGUUGUGGGACCUUGCACCCGGGGCCGCCGGUUUGCCAACGCCGGGGUCCUUCCGGCGGUGCUGCUGGUGAUCCCCAAUGCGUGGGGGCGCCUCACCCGCAACGUGCUCGGCCUCUGCCUGCUCGCCCUGGAGCGCGGCUACUACCCGGUCAUCUUCCACCGCCGCGGCCACCACGGCUGCCCGCUGGUCAGCCCCCGGCUGCAGCCUUUCGGGGACCCGUCCGACCUCAAGGAGGCGGUCACUUACAUCCGCUUCCGACACCCGGCGGCCCCUCUGUUCGCGGUGAGCGAGGGCUCAGGCUCGGCUUUGCUGCUGUCCUACCUGGGCGAGUGCGGUUCCUCCAGCUACAUGACGGGCGCAGCCUGCAUCUCGCCGGUACUGCGCUGCCGCGAGUGGUUUGAGGCAGGCCUGCCCUGGCCCUACGAGUGGGGCUUUCUGCUCCACCAGAAGAUAACCCUCAGCAGGUACACCACGGCCCUGGAGGACACAGUGGACACCCGCAAGCUGUUCAGGAGCCGCUCCCUGCAAGAGUUUGAGGAGAUCCUCUUCUGCCACACCAAGAGUUUCCCCAUCAGCUGGGACACCUACUGGGACCACAAUGACCCCCUCCGGGACGUGGAUGAGGCAGCGGUGCCUGUGCUGUGUAUCUGCAGUGCUGAUGACCCAGUGUGCGGGCCCCCAGACAGCUUCCUGCCCACCGAACUCUUUCACAGCAACCCCUACUUCUUCCUCCUGCUCAGCCACCAUGGAGGCCACUGUGGCUUCCUGCGCCAGGAGCCCUUGCCAGCUUGGAGCCACGAGGUCAUCUUGGAGUACUUCCGGGCCUUGACUGAGUUCUUCCGAACGGAAGAGAGGAUGAAAGCGCUGAGCAGGCACCGAGCCUCAUUCCUAGGGGGGCGGCGGCGCUGGGGACCCCUGCAGAAGCGGGAGGCCUCUCCCUCUUCCAAUUUGGAGGAGAUCUUUAGUUGGAAGCGAUCAUAUACAAGGUGAGAGGCGGCUUGAGAACCAUUCAGUGCUGCAAGGAAGGACAGAGCUGAGCACCGCUCCAUCCUGAAAAGCCGGUCAGGACUUGGUGGGCCAAGCAAGUCCAGCUCUGUGCCACUCAUUCAGCCCCUUCUGUCUGAAACUGGUGUAUGGAAAGAGACAAGACUUCCAGCAAAUGGGUGCUCACCAUCCUGAGCAGAACUCCUGCCCUGACCCUGCUCCACACAUUGCAGCUCAUCCUGGUCAGCAGCUGGGCAUUCCAGCCACUGUCUCUGGUCACCGACCACAGAAACCAAGGAAAUGCAGCUUUGUACUCAGAGGAAAAUGCUCUCACUAACAGUGACUACAGAGAUGAGUUUUUGUGUGUCGUGGGGCAGUUCUGUCCCCUAUAAAUAACAGGCUCUGUGACCCAGACCUCAAGGAGUCCCUCCUUGAGCAAGGACAGGAUGUUUGCGUCUUGGUCCCACUUCCGUCAUUUCAGUCCGCUGUCGUGGCACUCUGCUGACAUCAUGCCACCUCAGUGGAAGUGUGCUCACAGAGCUGCAUGGCUGCAUCCAUCUGGCCUGUGUCAGAAAGCUGGCAGAGGCCUGAGACGGGGUUGGUGGUGGUUACAAGGAAGAGAGUAUGAAUUUCUGUGUCUGUCUGGAAUACCAAGGCCCAGUCUUCCAGACAGGUUCUGAAAGUCUCAACCAGGAAUGGUAUUGAUCUGGGGAUUCAGCCUAGGACCCCAAGCCUCACCAGAGAUCCUAAGGAUGAUUUUAGGAAUGGGAAGUCCUUGCACACAGGGUCUGCUAGACAGUGUCUCGGGGAACCAGGCUCUCAGGCACCCUACCCCCUCCCUCCAGUGCCAUUUCAGGGAAUUACUCCAGAGAACCCUAGCCAGAGCUAUUUUUUCUUCUGAGAUGUGGGCUUUCUUGAAGUGGAAAUAUAUAAAUCUCAUCUGUUAGGUAUUUUCUGG